UUAUCGUUUUGUCGUUAUAGCAACCGUAAAUUUGAAAUUGCGGUCACGCCCAAUUAUCAAGCUCUUGCUAGAAUAUUUUGAACUGUUGAUACUUCUAAUAACGCUACUGCUUCAUAUCUGCCACAAUGGCCCAUUACAGAGCUUCGGAAUCCAAAAGAGAACAAUUUCGAAGAUAUCUAGAAAAAGCUGGAGUUUUGGACAGCCUCACCAAUGUGUUGGUGGCCUUAUACGAAGAAACCGAGAAACCUAAUAACGCUUUGGACUUUCUAAAGCAUCACCUCGGUGUAGCAGGGGCUGAGCCUGCAGAUACCGAGGCCCUUCGUCUGGAGCUGUCUGAGCUGCAACAGAAGUUGGAUCUGCUUACAGAGGAAAACCGAGACCUCAGAAACCGGGUCAGAAAAAAGAAUCCUGAAAUAUAUAGGGUGAUCAUUGACCUGGUUUAGUCCCAAAUUAGUUUUAAUCCGAAUCUGUGUUUGGGAAGCCCCGCCCCCAUGCCCCAACAUGUAUGAUCUUAUGUACCAUGCCAAUACAGUAAAUAUAGAA